AUGAAGAAAAGAAAAUUGGGAGGGAACGCGCCUAGCGUCCACACGCCAACGUCCUAUGAAGCCGCUACUGCCUCGGGACGCAAGGGCAAGGUUCUCACUAAAUGGAAGCCUCGCCCGUUUCCAAAACCGAAUCCGGACGACUAUGUAAUUGUCGUAAAGCCACGAGAGUGCAUCUCAUUGCAUGAUGCUUUCUCAGAGAACUGGUACGGGACCGCGUUUAAGGCAUACCUCGGGCCUGAGCGAGCUGAGACGUUGACAGUUAUUCCAUCGGGAGAGCAAAAUCUUAUCGUUAUUCACACCCCGGACCCUGACACGGCGGACAAAAUCAUCGGGGACUUCGCGGUAAACAUCGAGCAUAGACAGGUUCUGCUCAACGGGUACCUGCGACAAGAUGGUAGCAAUGUCUGCCAUGGAGUCAUCGUAGUCCGCAACACAGACACGACGGAGACGCUCCGAGAGAGCGUACGCUGGAGGUCUGGCACCAUCGUCGAGGUGCGUAAAUUUGGAACGUCGAACAAGGCGCGUGUGACCUUCGCUGGCAAGGAGAAGCCACGCUUUGUUCACAACGACACAAUGCUGAUCCCCGUCAAACCCUACUACCGGACCAUCCCGGCCUGCGGAAAGUGCGGUGUCGUCGGCCAUCGGAUGGACACUUGUCCCAACCCAAGACCGGAUACAUGUGGCCUGUGUGGACAACAGGUUCCGCUUGUGGAGGAGGGGGUGCGGGCCCCUCAUGAAUGUGUACCCGUCUGUUCUGUGUGUGGUGGAGCACACGCCACAAACUCUCGUGCAUGUACGGCCAAGUACCGUAAUUCCAAGGUGGCCGCACAACAGGGCGGAAAGUCCAAAAGGGCGUCCAAGAAACGACGCAAACAGACUCCCAGUGACCCACCGCGCCGGGAGGUCGCCAAGACAGACAAGCCUGCUUCUCCUACUGGAAGAAUCGGGAAGCAGCCGUCGACCACACCGCAUGGCGGAACCGGGACGUAGCCGACGGCGCAACCAUGCGGCGAGGCCGGGUCAUGGGCCAACGCCGUCAAAAACGGAAACCAGGUGGGUGGUACGGGUAGAGCUGCCUCCUCAUCCCCCCCUAUCAUCCCAUCUUCAUCACCUAACGUCGACCAAAAUAUUAUUGCCAAACUCCAGGCACAAAUCGAAGCGUUACAGAAAAGACUAGCGGCAGCCGAGGCCAAACAGACCCAACUAGUCUCCCCCCCCCCUCCCCCCGCAGUAGAGAUAAUGUAGAGUGAGACCGGGGCGGUGGCAACGGACGCGGUAGCCGCACUCGAGGCUCGUGUCAACACCCUUGAGGUCCGUAUGGAGAGCCGUAUAACUGUCCUCGAAACUCAAAUCUCAGCGGCCGUAAAUGCCGCCAUUGCUAAAAUGACAGAGACCAUCCCAACCCUGAUAGCCCAACAAGUUGCGCGUUUCACCAAACGAGCCGCCCCAAUUAAGGACGUGUCCGGC